UAGAGCAAGGACUAACAUCCGCGAGAAGACACGUCAACUUGUUCAACUACAACCCGAAGAUGUCUGACGCCCCACCACCAUAUGGCGCUCCUGGUCCUCCGCAACAACCCUACAAUGGCCAUCCUCCGCCACCACCACAAGGUUACUACCCGCCUCCACCACAUGGUUACUACCCACCGCCUCCCAUGCAGCAACAACAAACAUCGAACAACGUUGUGGUGGUUAGCCAACCAGCGGCAUCUAACACGGUGAUUGUAAAGGAGCGAGGAGUAAACCACCCUUUGCAUUGUAUAAUCACAUUGUUCUGUCCCAUCUGGAUUUUUGUAUGGAUUAUCUUGACUUAG